GUUGCAGAGAUCCUGGCAGCUGCCCGGACACGGCAGCCGUGGGAGGUUAUGUGGCAGGCGUUCAUGGAAUUUGCGGAUGACAAUCCGGCUAUGCGGGCUGAGAUGCGAAGUCUCUCGGAGGCGGAUCGCCAAGGCCUCUAUCUUUGCUUGGCUCCCGAGGAGAGGCGAGAGUUCGCCCUGGUCGCUCUCGAAGAACUUGCCGCCCUGUGUAGCUACAGUGAGGAGCAAAAAAAGCUGGGACAUGUGAGCGCUUGGGCACUCCUGACACGUGAAGCUCGCAUGUCGUACAUUCAAGCAGAUCCUGCAACAUUCCUCGCUGGAAGUCCAGCUGCAUGGCGAGAUCAUUUGUCGCAUUACGGGUGGAACGACCUCGACCCUUCUGCAGCUUCUGGGAACGAUGUCCUUGAGCCGAGCCAGCAGCAGCUGGCAGUGCUUGUGAGCAGAGGUCUGCGAUCGGGUCCAGCCCAAGGGGUGCAGGCGAAGCCGGGUGCGAUGAAGGUGGAAGGUCCUGCGAAGGCAGAGCUGCUGCGUGUGAAGCAGGAGCAGCCCACUGCGAUUACUGCCGAGGCCCUGGAAGCCCAGCUGACAGCUGGGUCCAUCUACAGGCCCCUGUCGCAGAGCAUGUGCGACAUAGCACAGGUGAUCCGUGGCCUCAUGGCUGUGUGCAAUGCGCGGGUUCGGAAGCCUUGGACUGCUGACAUCGGUAUCUUGAAUGCCGGCAACGAGCAGAUCGAGGGUAGCUCCUCAGAAGGAUUCGUGGUCUUGUGGCCACAGGGCCCCUCCUCGGAAGACAUCGCACAGUUCAUGGCUGAGAUAGCACCGAGCACGCCGAAGCGGCAGAAGGUCCACUCAGGGAAAGCGGAGCGCCGUGCCAGAAGCAAAGCAGGGAAGGAGCAGGAGCCAGCACCGAAGAAGAUGAAAGCCAGUGAGUGUCCUGUGAGCCAUCCUGUCUUCCAGAAGAAGCACUGCCUGGCGGACAUGCCUGCUGUGGGGGGUCACUGGGGCAUCUUCUUGCAGGCCUGCGCAGACCCUUCCAUGAUCAUAGCUUGCCCUGUCUGCUGCGACCUGCUCAAAGAAGUGCGGCCAGAGACUGGCAGUGCCGGCGGAGCAAGCGACGCUGGGAUGGGUGGGAACCAGGUUGUGCCGGCUGCCGAUGCUGCUGAAGAGAGGGAGGAUGCAGACUCCAGCUCGGGUGAGCCGGAGGGGAAACGGAGAGCCGGACGGCGUCGCAAGGGCGAAGUGCCCUCCUGGUGCCUUCAGUGCCUUCAUGCUUGGGUAAAGGCUCGGCGGCAGGAUGUGUAUGUGCAGACCGACCGGAGCUAUCAGAAGUCUGCCACGUACUACUGCAGACCCUGUGGCAAAGAGAUCCAGUUUCAAACUGCCACAUGCAAGAAGAAGAUCCUGAGACACGAGGCGUACAAGACACACAUCCAGGGUCUCGCAAAGUUGAGGGGCACUUUGGUCCAGGCCCCUAGCCGUGCGGGUGCGGCAAUUGUUGCCUCGGACACCUCGCAGCCGUGCUCGGGAAUCCUGGCCUCAAAGCAUGCACUGCACGAGAGCAUCACCCUCUUCGUCCAGCACGGCCAGCCGCGAAUGCACUAUGCCAAAGGAGAAACCGACCCCCUGGAGGCCAUCCGUUUCGAGGUCCUCAGCAGCGACAUCAGCAUCCGGCAUGCCAAGUGCUUGGGGGUAGUGGGGCAGUCCAUGACGGCCUGCUCCGAGUGUGUGCAGGCCUCCAAGGCCAAGAGUUUCAAGCUGGCAGUGGCAAAGCAGGCCUACGUGAUCGACCUUUGCAUGCUGACUCACCACUGCUACCACAGCACGGCCCAGGAGCUGGAAGAGUUCAGAGCAGCCUUACCCGGUCGGGACUAUCAGCUGGCGGGCCUGGCCGGUCAAGACCUCGAUCGGUACCUGCGGAUCAAGAACAACCUCGAGGUAUGCCGUGCCAUCGCAUCCAAGUUCGAGUGUACCCCUGCAUGGCGUGUCUCAGAUUCGCUGCGUAGGCUCUUCGAGCUAUGGUUGCACAGGCCACAUCGGUCGCAUAGCACGGACACGGAGGCCGAAGCACACAGCUCCCUCGUACGGGGCAUGGCUGCUUCGCUGGUUGCUGGCCGCUGCAGAGAGAAAGACCUGGUCCUAGCAGCCCGUGUAGCGGCUGGGGCGCUCAGGGCAGACGUGAUCGUGCAGAGUCUCUGCACAAGCUUCCUGUCCAAAAUGGUGAAAGGACUCCGGGACGUGAGGCAAAAAACUACAGGGGAGUUUACUGACUACGAGGUGUUGUCGGAGUCUUUGACCACACUUGGACGGCAUGAGGAGGUAGUCAACUUGUUGAAGACCUUCAAGGUGAAUCCCAAAAAGCUGAAGGUUCUCUCCCUGCACAACGACCGCUAUCCUCUGCCUUACGCCUGCUUGUCCAACAAGGCCCAGAUCCGUGAGAACUGCCUCCGUGCUGCCAGCCACCUCCGCAAUGCCGGGUCUCGCUCACACUUCAUCGUUGAUGAUCCGGACCAGGACUACAGCAUCUUGGACCCUGCAUCCCACGACAAGCACUCCUUGCCUGCUGAUCGGCUCGCCAAGCUGGCGAUGCACGUGUGUAUGCAGAGAUGCGACAAUCGCAGUUGGGUGUUCGACAUCCUCGUGGUGCCGCGAGCACCAGCAGCUGGCAAAGCAUGCACUGCGAGUGAGACCUUGGAGAUGGUUGCAGAUGUCUUCCAGGAGGCCACGACCGCUGCCGGCGGUGUUGCACCACAUGGCCUGGCCUUUGAUGGGGGCUCCAACAACCAGCGACUGCUGCAGAUUUUCCUUGGCCACUCCGACUUGCGUCUGCAGGAAUCUCUACCCUUCUUCAAGGACUGUGUGAUCGAUGACAUGCUGCAGCAGCUGCCCUUUUGGCCGCACCGCUUCCUCCGGCACGACCAUCGCAUUCUGGUAGCCUUCAACGGUGCAUACCACUAUCAGAAGCGGUACAGCCUGGCCCACUUAGCUGGAUGUAGGAAGAUCCGACAUGGAGCCCUAUUCGCAGACCUGAGCAUCGAACUCUGCAGUGGGCUACCUCACUCGGCGUAUCUGGUCAGCGAUGCGCAGAGUGAUCUUGCUGCAGCACAGAGGAUGUCCACACCAUUCGUGGGCCGGCAGUGGCAAAGCCCCGGCGUGUUGCUCCACGCAUUCGUCGGAGCUCUGAUCUGCUCGUGCACUACCGCCAGCCCAGGCUUCAGUCGAGAAGACCUCUGUCUGAACGCAAUGUCCGCGAUGUACCUGCUCCUGUUGCACCGUGCCGAAGCCGCCAGGCAGUGGCCUGAAUGGGCAGAGCGGAAUCGCAAGAGUCUCAGUGACAUCACCGUCAAGAACGGAGUAGCCCUCAUGCACUUCGUCGUCGUCGCUUGCUUGUGCGACGAUACGGAGCCGCGCAGCCUUCAAGAACUUGCCAUUGAACAUCAUUUCGGACGACUGAAGGUGCUUCAGCUCAGCCGGAUGCCAGAAGCUGCCCUGCAAGAACGCUGCUCAUCCUUUGCCCGGCCGGCCUUGGAUAUGGACACCUUGAAGAACAUUGCCAAAAAGGCACUCCGUACGGCUCUUGAGUUCCAAUGCUUCAUCUCUGUGGACACUGCCCCAAGCGAGCUGUAUGGCGACUUCCAGAAGUGGUGGAGAAAGCAGGGCAUGGAUCUGUUUCGGAGUCCCGAUGCGGCGGCCAAUGCUUUCGAUCUCUUUGACAUCACGCCCGAACUCGAAGAGGACCUCGAGCCCCCGGCAGUGGGUGACACCAAGGAGCAGCGAGCGGCGACAGAGGUCUUGCAUCAAGUACAAGACCGAGCUCAGCUCAUCGCGGACAUCAAGGCCAUGGAGAACCCAGAUGCCCAGGAUAUCCAGGAUGAGGCGGGCAAGGAGGAUGAGGAGAAGCAGGUGGUGCCCCAGCAGGCUGACAAGGAGCCACAUGAGUCACCUCCUGAGGCGGUUGCCGCGGUGCCCACCAGCCUCAGCAACGUGCUGCAGGCAGCAAAAGUGAACGGCGGGGAUAUCUUCGACCUGGAUUCCGCCAGUGCUGCGGGACAGACGGCCAUGCUCCAGCGGGUUCUCCACAUGUCGGGCUUCCUGCGAUCUUUCAUUCGGCAUGCCAGAGCCCAGGAAGGACUCCUGUCCUUGAGCACUUUGAACUCCCAGCCUGCACCUCUCAACAGCUGGAACGAGCGGGAGCACCAGCUGGCAAUUGCCAGGCGAGCAGCCAAUGUUAGCCAGGUGCGACUCUCACGUGCACAGGCCUGGCAGAGCAGCCAACAGAGACUCGCUGUCGAUGUCCGUCCUCGCAACAGUCUCGCAACAGAGGCCGAUCCGGGCCUCUCGCCGCCCACCACGUAUUUUCCUUGUGGCAAAGAUCGCUUCCAGAUCGUGGCACACCUCUGGGGAGGCCAAGUGGGCAUCGGCCUGAUCCUGACCGUGUUUCGUGGAGCCUUGGUCAAAAAGCCUAACUCGUCGGAGUUGACAGUUCGCACUGCUCGCCCGUUCCCAGAUGAUCUCCCAUGCGCAUCUACACGAAUGGUCCACAUUGCGGGUUGCAUCUUCAAUCCGACGACGGCCGAGUAUGCUACCUCCUGUGCGGAGUUGUGUAUGCUCUGUGAACCAGUGAACUGCAUCUACGGUGAACUGUCUCUGGCAGCAUGGAGAUCUACGAAGACACAGCUGCUGUUCCGGCUCACCCCUGCCGCAGCUGCCGCACUGAAGAUCCUGCAGGCAGAGAAAAAGCUUCCCAUCCAACCGAUCCCGGAAACUACCGAGCAAACCGAGGAGGACACUGCUGCACCGGCUCCUGCUAUGUCCGAGCCCUCCGAUCUGCAGUUCAAUGAUCGAAGCUUCAUGUGCCAGGGACUCGCACAGGCCACUUCCAAGUUUCUGCUGGCCCUGGAGGAGUGUUACCGGAAGAAGGGUUUCGCAUUUGUGGAUGCCUCUACCGGACUGGUGCAUUUCGAGAAGGUGAAGAGCACUCCGUGGAAGGACCUCGUCCAGCGUGUGCCUGGCUUCCUGCAGGUGGAGUUCGCCGGCCUGCAAGGGCAUCGCUUCAGCCGAGCCGUGCACUCCAAGUUCAGCCAGCUGCUCCCGACCAACGGUGCCUCGUCCUUUUACUCGUAG